AUGGCGCGACGCUACGAGAUUGAUGAGCUGCUAUGGCUGCGCUCAUCGCCUCUGGUCACCAAGCCUGCAAGCUUACCGCCGGUAGAAGAAUGGAUGGGUCCACUUCCUGAACGAAAACCCAAAGACCCGAACAAUCAGAAUGAGACUACGAGCAACCGACGACCUAGCAUUAUCGAAGCCCGUCAUUUUUCACGAGGCUCGACUUCAGAGGACAUCAUUCUCGGACCGCCACGGACUGCCUUCGCUUCCGCCUCCCGCAUUGCUGGUAAAGGCUCUAUAGAUGCAACGGAACGGCCAUCUAGAAUACAGGACUCGGAUGAAUCCAAGAACGAUCGUUUCAACUUCCGGGAGAAGUUUUUCAAAGACCGAGAAUCCGGCGACUUGGACAAACGCGAUGGAAAACUAGGCACUUUCAUCAACCGACGCAACGAUAAGGAGGACUGGAAUAAUGGACGCCCACGCCGUGCCUUCGGCCCAGAUGACCUUGAACGUAAACCAAGACGCAAUGGCGAGUUCGAUCGAUGGGAAGGCCGUGAUAACAUCAGAGAACGUGAUCCUCGAGACUCAACAACUUUUGGAAACCGUGAUAAGGAUAGUCGAUUCUUCAUUCGAAAAGAUGGCCAGUUAGGACGGUCGAGACUCGAGGGAAGCUGGUUCCGUGACGAUAAUCAUGCACAGGAUUCGCUUGAAGCGGAGGAAGAGAAGCCGUCAAUUCGCACUCGUGAAUGGCGUCGCGACAGACAUGGUGCGGAUCGUGACUGGACUAGAGGCGCUAAGUUCGAGCAAGAGCCUGAGUGGUUAGACUCAACCGAUCGAGAAGAGCCAAGGCCGGUACAUACCCAGGAAGACUUUGAGCAAUGGAAGCAGAGGAUGAAAGCUGGCUCCGCUCAGGUACAGGAGAAGAAAGAACCUCCAUUGGAACCAGCUACCAGCACGUUGCCGAAGCUGGAGACAAGGCCUACUGAUGGUGAAAUCUUCAGUAGUACUGGCACGCCUCUCCAGGCAGAUGCUACGAUGGAACGAUUCUUUGGAUUGCUCAAUGAGGCAAAGCCUUCUCCGGACAUUGGCAGCCAGUCGCCUGUUGUGGAGCCAACUAGCAGCAAGAAGGAGUCGGUGCCCUCCAAGUCUAUCAAAUCAUCUCGCUUUGCUGGCCUGUUUAGUCCACCUCCGGGAACGCCGACGAGGGAGCCAGAACCUCAGGCUGUAAGCCAGUCUCCUGCUGAUCCCGACCAGGAAGGGUUCCAACGCAUCUUACAGAUGCUGGGUGGUGGUGCUAAGUCGCGCAAUGCUACUCCUCAAAAUGACACACCACAGCCUCAACGUCCGCCAUCGUUAGUGCAGGCCGAGCAAGGUCGGAGUGCGCUGCCGUCACCGGUUCGGGAGCACCUCCACCGGCAGGAUCAAAUGACUUUCAAUGGAUCUCCUGCCCGUACAACUGCACCACCACCUGGACUAUCGCCGAAUCCUGUCCAAGAACCUUUCAAAGACCCGCAUGUUGGUGAGCGUGAGCAUUUGCUUCGUCUCAUGCAGCAAGUUAGGAUCAGCCCGGUCCCGAACAUGCCCCAUGGGAGCCAGGGCGCUCAGAGUGCCGGUCCGGCUUCGGGCAUGAUGAACAUACCUGAAAUGAUGUCUCAUCCCCCAGGAUUACCUACCCCGCAGAAGGGUCCCAACUUUCUGAAUGAUCCAGCAAUUGCAAACAUGCAGAGACCAGAUGCUGCUGAUCAGCUUCGGCGGAGAGCUGCGAAUGGGCCACCCAUGGGCUAUUUCGAUGAUAUUCUCUUUGCUCAGGGUAACAAUCUUCCCAUGACUCCUGGCGGAAGCCGGGCUCCUCAAGGCCAGGGCCAUCCCGCUAUGGGCAUUCAAAGGCCACCUGGUUUCGAACAUCUGCCGCCUCCUGGAUUCGGAGGUCAACAACUUCCACCACAACAGGGUGCACCAGGCCCAUUGGCACCUCCGCCAGGUAUCCCCGCUCCCAAUCGUGGCAUGAACCCGAAUCUCAUGUCUAAUGUGCUGCCAAUGCACGGCAACCUCCCUCCCCUCAAUGACCGUCAAGGAUUCCCACGUGGCGCUGGCGGAAAUGGAGCGGCAGCAUUCGGCCCUCCACCUGGCAUGAUGCCCCCUCCGGGAUACAUGAACAUGAAUGGUCCACCACCUUCUGGGUUGCCACCUAUGCCGCAUAAUGCUGAAGCCCUGAUGGGACUUGGUGGACAAGGUCCAUUCGGAGGCAAUCCUGGUCCUCAGGGCCCGCCGCCAUCCUCUAGGCAUCUAUUAGACAUGUUCGGCCAGGCCAGCGGUGGUGCCCCGGGACAUUUCCGGUAG